AAUUCUACUUUCUGUCUGCUUUGGUUUAGUUUGGUUUGCCAAAAAUUUAUUGUUAUCGCGACCGUGAAAGGGAAAUCUGAUUGUCCGUUGCGUUUAUGCGGAAAGGUAGUAUAGGACAGCGGGCAAAGACGAACGUGAAAGGGGAGUGCAUUGUAAAUUCUUGUUGAAAGUGUAACCUUGAGUCAAUUUUCGUCUAAAUUCGGUCAGAAAUGAGUGAUGGAAAAAGUAAAUUUAAAAAUGAUGUUAAAAAUAAAGUGACGGUUGUGCUUGGAGCUCAGUGGGGCGAUGAAGGAAAAGGAAAAGUGGUAGAUAUGCUAGCUGCCAAUGCUGAUAUUGUAUGCAGGUGUCAAGGUGGCAACAAUGCUGGCCAUACAGUUGUAGUUGGUGGCAAAGAGUAUGACUUCCAUCUUCUACCCAGUGGAAUAAUAAACCCAUCUUGUAAAUCACUUAUUGGCAAUGGAGUGGUCAUCCACCUUCCUGGGUUAUUUGAGGAAUUAGCAAAAAAUGUCAAAAAUGGUUUGACUGGAUGGGAAGAACGAUUGCUCAUAUCUGACAGAGCCCAUCUUGUGUUUGAUUUUCACCAGCAAGUUGAUGGCUUACAAGAAUUGGAAAAGGGUAAAAAGUCACUUGGAACUACGAAGAAGGGAAUCGGUCCAGCCUAUUCAUCAAAGGCAACAAGAAAUGGUAUAAGAAUUGCGGAUUUGCUCGGAGAUUUUGCUACUUUUUCCGAAAAGUUCGAAGGACUUGUAACGAUGUAUCAAAGGAUGUUCCCUGCUCUGGAAGUUGAUGUGAAACAAGAAUUAGAAAAGUACAAAGUGUUUGCUGAAAGAGUGAGACCAUUGGUGAUUGAGACUGUCUCUUUCUUGCACAAUGCUUUGAACUCUGGCAACUCUGUUCUUGUUGAAGGAGCCAAUGCAGCUAUGCUUGAUAUUGAUUUUGGUACAUAUCCUUAUGUGACUUCAUCCAACUGCAGUAUUGGAGGGGUGUGCACAGGAUUGGGUCUUCCGCCAUCGAUGAUAGGAGAUGUGGUCGGAGUAGUCAAAGCUUAUACAACAAGAGUCGGAGAUGGUCCAUUUCCCACGGAGCUAUCCGAUGAAACUGGAGAUAAACUUCAGGCGAUAGGUCAAGAAAUUGGAGUGACAACCAAGAGAAAAAGAAGGUGUGGAUGGCUGGACAUUCCUCUUCUCAAAUAUACAGCCAUGGUCAACGGUUAUACCAGGUUAUGUAUCACAAAACUAGAUAUUCUCGACAGUUUCAAAGAAAUAAAAGUUUGUUUUGCUUACAAGAAAAAUGGAAGUAAAAUAUCUUACUUCCCCUCCAGUGCUGAAGAACUAGGAAAAGUGGAGGUUGAGUACACGACCAUGCCUGGCUGGGAGGAGAGUAUAGAAAAUGUUCGAGAGUAUAGUGAUUUACCAAAAAAUGCAAAAGCCUACAUAGAAUUUAUCGAAGAACUGCUACAAGUGCCUGUAAAAUGGAUUGGUGUUGGCAAAGGCAGGGAGUCGAUCAUAACAGUUGAAUGACAGUUAUGACUGCAAAUGCAACUAUUAUGGCCUUGGGUAUCGCUUUCGUUUAAACUUAUUUUCUUUGCAUUGUCAAACCGCAUAUAAUUUGCCCUGCAUUCUAGUUCUUUUCUCUACCAGAAAUUAGAAGAUUCCAUGGAUAGCAUGGAUGAGAUGAUUUCCUUGGAAAUUAGACCUCACAUUUAUUUUUCUAAUUGGAUAGUUGAUAUAAUAGUACUUACCAUAUUUAUAAUUAGUUCACAUUUACUGUUUAGUGCAUUAUUAUUAUUAUCAUUAUCAAUAAACUAAUCUGAAAUUUCACAUGCACAAAUAUUCUCGUGAAAUAUUUAUUCAAUGAAUUUAUUUAUAAAAUACAUCAGAUACCAUUUUUUAUAAUGUAUACACUUGUUAUAAACGCUUUACAAUACUUGGAUGUCAAGUAUAAAACAGGUUGUUCUUUAAUUUCUCAUUAUAUAUUUCAUUAUCAUGAUCAUUGUAAUAUUAUUUUAUCACAAAUAUCUAUUUUGGUUUAACUGCAAUCACACAAAGUAAGUUAUAUCAUUUUGUAAGUUUGUAUGCAAUUAAAUAUGACAACGUUUUUUUUAAUAGGUUUUUCAAAAUAAUGGAAUUUAUCUCACUGUUAUCUUAUCAAAUUUUAUUUUUAAUCUAACACAAUAUGAGAGUUCUUAUUCUACACAAAACUCGUAUCCAAAAAAGUCUUGAUAGUUUAAAUAGGAAUUGUCCAGUUAAAAUUUAUGAGCUACUGCUUUAAAUGAAGAUCCAGUCCAAUAAUUAUUUCAAAUGAAUUUCUGUACACCAUAUUAAAUUUAAAUAAUAUUUAAUUAUAUAAAUUAUUAUUAUAUUAUUAAAUGUAGAGAUUUUAGAUGUAACUGGAUGAUGAGCCUGUCCUGAAAGCAAUAGGAAACUUCUGAGUUCUAGUUCAUGAGAAUAGAUUCCUGUUGAAUUAACUUGGGCCUUAUUUUUUAUCUAAACUCCAGCUCUUUCUAUGUAAAAUAGGACUGGUUUUGAAAUUUAAAUAUAUAGAAUUUUCUAUUAAUAGCACUAUUUAAAUUUCUCCUAAUAAUUUUCUUUUUAAACAGUGUUGCAAUAUUCUAUAAUAAUUUUUCAAAAUUGAAUCUGUAUUACUUAUUUUUUAUCUUGCACACUCAUAUACUUUUCAUCUCAUGCCAUGCUGAAUUGCAAUUGUGUUUAGUUAUCUAUUCCCUCUAUCAAUUUUGUAUACAAGCAUUAUCUAUAUUGUUUCAAUACACCUCCACUCUUUGCUUGGUGAUCGAAAUAUUGUUUGACACAUUGUUUCAGACCAUUGAAAAGUGUAACUUUACAAUUUUGUAUGCAUUGUUUGGAUUAGAAUGCGUUUUAUCUUUUAGAGAUGCGAUAACGCAAUAUUCACAUGUAUUGACCCACUUUAGUACAGCUACACCCUUAACUAAACUAGAUUCUUUAUUCUAUAAUUUGUUUACAUUAUAAACAUACAAAUUAUUGAUUUAGUAUAUAUUUUAUGACGGUUACUUCACAAUAUCAAAAAUUGUUACAUCCUUCUUUGCCCUGAAAUUACCAUUAUUUUCAUACAUCAAGGAAUUUAUAAAGAAUCAUGCCUGAAAAUUAAUUGAAUUCUGUGUUCAAUCUGAAUGUUAUUCAAUCUUGUUUUGUACCUUAUUUAGUUUGUUGGAAUAUUUAAUUCAAGUUAAACUUGAAAUUACUUAUAUAAAGUGCCUGAUGAUAAAUGUUCAGUCAUUAAAUAAUGAGUGAGUUUAUAUCAAACAAUAAAUAAUCUUCAGUACAUAAAAAUAUACACCAAUGUAAUGUAAUUCAAUGAUUUGAGAUCAACUAAAUAUUAUCUGUAUUCGCGGAUAACCGCAAAAUUUAAUAUUAUAGUUUGUGUUUCAGAAUAAUAAUAAAUUAUCAUUAUCAUUAUCAUUUUUUUUCGAGUAGCUCUUGACAGAUACGCUAUAUGAUGUUGUUGAAUUCCAUAGGUACCAUUUGUCAAGUCAGAUCUUUCUUAUAAGGGGGUUAUUAUCUUGUAAGUUUAUAGCACAAAAUUAAAUAAUGAUAUUGGUAGUUGAGUAAUUUGGAUUUAUUACAGUAACAAUUUUCAUGUUGUAUUAUCUUGUUAGACUGUUUUAACUAGUACUGGUAAUGUGAAAGCUCAAAUCUAAAUAGCUGGUGAAAGCUCAUUUGAGGAUCUGAAGAAACACCCAUAUGUGACAAAAAACCAGGAUCCUGGUCUUAGGCAAAGCGGAAAGUUCACAGGGUACUCUUGUGUCCCAUUUCAAGCUAGCAGGCUGCCAUUUCUAAUUUCAUGCUUUGAAACGUUCAAGAAUUAAGAAUGCAUACCUUUCUAUUGGCAAAAAAGUUGUUCCAAUAAUUCAUUCAUGAAAAUAAUAAGAUAUCUCUCACGUCCUUCAAACCUUUGUUCAUUAAAUUUCCCGAUAAGGCGUUCGAAUUAUCUGGGUUCAAUUUUAUUCGGUAGUAAUGUGAGGAAUAGUAGAUCACAAAUAUGUAGAAUACUUAGUUAUUGAAGGCAUUAAAAAUUCGCGUAAUUUUAAAUAUAUUUCCUCGCUGACUUGUGCAUUAUAUUUAGUGUUUAGGCUACUUUCUUGGUCAGGGCUACUCGUAUUUACAUAUUAUUUACAAAUAAAAGUAACCUUUACAAUAAAUAUUUCUGUAGAAAAUGGAAAUAUUUUUUGAAAAUGGUAGAGUAUUUUAAUUUCUAAUUUCAUUGUAUUCAGUGUACGAUCACAGUUAUAAGUCGCAAUAUGAUAAACUCGAAAAAGCGAGUAAAUUCCAAAUUUAACGGUCAUCAAUCAAUAUUAUUUGUAUUUUAUUGAUACUAAAUUUGUUACCAUGCAUUUAUUUGCUAUUGUGAUGUGAUAAAAUACUGUUGUUGAAUCAUUUUGUCAUUAAACUUGUUUAGAUAAAGCAUUAAAUUAGCAAUAACUCU